GAUUGUUAUAAUUAUUCACCACUUUACGGUCUUCUGUAAGUCCACAAGGCACUUUUCUAUUUUCAACCGUUAUCCACUUCACUUUCUAACGUAAGCACUAAAAAUGUUCUCCCGUUCCUUCAUUCGCCGCUGGGUCAACAAGAACACGAAGUUGAUUGUCCAGGGUAUGACCGGAAAGGCCGGCACCUUCCACACGAAGGAGGCGAUGGCGUACGGCACCAAGGUAGUGGGUGGCGUGAGCCCGAAGAAGGCCGGCACGACGGCGCUCGGUGUGCCGGUGUUCGCGACCGCCUCGGAGGCGGUGAAGGCGACGGGUGCGAACGCCUCCGUGCUCUACGUGCCCGCGCCGUUCUGCGCCGCGUCGAUCGAGGAGGCGCUGGAGGCGGAGCUGCCGCUGAUCGUGGUGAUCACGGAGGGCAUCCCGCAGUGGGACAUGCUGCGCGUGAAGUCGAUGCUGCUGUCGCAGACGAAGACGCGUCUGAUCGGCCCCAACUGCCCCGGCAUCAUCCGGCCAGGCGAGUGCAAGAUCGGCAUCAUGCCCGGCCACAUCCACAAGAAGGGCAAGAUCGGUAUUGUGUCGCGCAGCGGCACGCUGACCUACGAGGCGGUAGCUCAGACGACGGCCGUGGGGCUUGGCCAGACGCUGUGCGUCGGCAUCGGCGGCGACCCGUUCAACGGCACCAACAUGGUGGACUGCCUGAAGCUGUUCCUGAACGACCCCGAGACGGAGGGCAUCAUCCUGAUUGGUGAGAUCGGCGGCACGGCGGAGGAGGAGGCGGCGGACUUCAUCCACAACAGCCCGAUCAAGAAGCCGAUUGUGUCGUUCAUCAGCGGGUCGACGGCGCCUCCGGGCCGCCGCAUGGGUCACGCCGGCGCGGUGGUGUCCGGCGGCAUGGGCACUGCGCAGGGCAAGAAGGACGCGCUGCGGGAGGCCGGCGUGACCAUCUCUGACUCGCCGGCGCAGCUUGGCGAGCACAUGGCUGCCAUCCUCGCGAAGAAGUAG